ACUUUUCACUUUCACAUGUCUUUGUUGUCAAACCCGCAACGCUUAACCUACACUAGUCAGGGGGAGCAUUCAUCCUCUACCUUCUCUUUUAUUCGACAUUCACUAGUGUCCAGCCGCUCGGAAUCAACUACCUAAUACACUGAUACAUAAGCACACAAGGAAUUCAGACUACAAUCUGCAUACUGACGUACUAUGGUAUUCCUUGAUCUCCGGGACCUACAUUGGCAAGAUUCUACCCUCACAAAUCCUUGUAAUAGGGGGGAUCGCUUUCCAUUCACCGAUUUACACCAGUGACACACCGACUCCCCUGGCCCUGCUUUGAUAUAUCUUCAUUUCAUCGGUAGCUGACUGCCUUGGAAUCCAAUCCGGGUUCGACCUAGUAUCUUCCCUCUAAGAAAACUAUGACGCGGCUUCGCUGCUGACGCGGUAUUGCAAACAUUACUGGGUUACUAGAUCUCAUUACUAGAUCACACCUAUCACACCUAGAUUUAGCGACGUCAAUCCAUUCGGUACACGAUUCGUUCUUUUUGAUUUGACAUUAUCUAAGCUGCAAAAUUUUGAUUCUGCCAGCUAUCUUUCCGUCUAAAGAGUUUAUACAAAGACUUGACAAAUAACCUUCGAGGCCAGAUGAAUAUACUUCUAAUUACAGGUAGUUGAACAUCGCAAUGGAACUUAGUACCGAUCAUAAUCAGGCCAGGUUGGAGCCGUCCAGCGCUGCUACUGUCCAAACAGCCGUCGAAUUCGCCCAACAAGAAGAGAAGCUUUCACUUCAGACAACCCAAAAUAACGAAUACACAGAUACGGUUGCCGUCGAGGCCCAGUUUGUGACGCCACAGGAUCCGGUCAUUAUCACAGCCGAUGGGAACCGGCUGCCUCCUGUCCCUCUUGAGCAAGCGCAUAAACUUAACAUAUUAAAAGAAGAACUAGAGCAUGGUGUUUCUAAAGAUGCGAUUGAUCAUGCCAACAACGAUGACCUCCCAUCGCCUCAUGCUGUCUCUGGCUUAGGGUCGGCAUCCUACGCCGAUAAUAAAGCAGCACAGAAAUCAUCCGAGGGUUCGUUGGGUUCGUUGGGUUCGUUACGGAGGUCCAUGCCACCGACAAACACGCACCCGCUUUUCCCUCCUCUUCCCUUGUAUGGACCGCCAUCUCUACUUCGCGAUAUACAAUGCUGGACCUUUCGGUUUACAUCAUUUUUUCUUAGCGCUGCCUUCCUAGGAGUGAUUGUCCUCGGCGCCAUAUUUACGAACAUACCUAAAGUAUGUUACAAGACCUGGAAGCGUAUAAACUUCCAAGACCCUUACGCUAAAAGGCCCUUUUACGAAGAGGAGAUUCGGAGGCAGACUGUACGAGAUAAACAGGAAAAGGCCUGGAAGAGGCGGCAAUCCCAGGCUCGAAGAAUUUCGGAUCAAGAGGACGCCCAAGGAAACGAAGGCUACAUUCCGACCGAAGGUGGGCCGGAUCCCGUUAUCUGCGACGUGGCAUACUAUGCGCGGAGGGUUGGUUUGGACAUUGAGGAAUUUCAAGUGCAAACCGAGGACGGAUUCAUUAUUGACCUAUGGCACGUUUAUGAUCCCCGCGAGUAUACCAGGUUGGAUGAUCAGGAGCGGUCCCACCGAGGACCAGAAUUAUUCACGGGCGACAACAAAAAGGUAUUAAGAGACACAAGCCAGAAGCGUAAGUUUCCUGUACUCCUGAUGCACGGUCUGCUUCAAAGCUCUGGCGCCUAUUGUGUCAACGACGAUGAUUCGUUAGCAUUUUACCUAUGCAAAUCGGGCUAUGAUGUAUGGCUAGGAAACAAUCGAUGCGGUUUCAAUCCAAAGCAUACCUUACUCGACUACUCAGAUCCUCGUAUGUGGUGCUGGAAUAUUCGGCAGAUGGGGGUCUUCGAUCUAUCUGCGUUAGUCUCGCGAGUAUUGCUUGAGACUGGAUUCGAGAAGAUUGGGUUGAUUUGUCACUCGCAAGGCACGACAGAAACAUUCGUAGCCUUAGCGAAAGAGCAGCGUCCCGAGCUGGGAGAGAAGCUCACGGUAUUCUGCGCCCUUGCACCAGCAGCCUAUGCCGGGCCGCUGAUUGGCAAAAUGUACUUCAAAUUCAUGCGCGUGAUAUCGCCGAGCCUCUUCCGAAUUAUGUUCGGUAUCCACGCAUUCAUUCCUAUUAUGAUGACCAUGCAUUCGAUCUUACCUUCUGGCAUCUACGGGAAGCUUGGAUACACUGUAUUCUCGUUUUUAUUUGACUGGACGGAUGCUCGUUGGGAUCGUGGCCUAAGGGACCGCAUGUUUCAGUUUGCUCCCGUUUACGUGAGCGCCGAAUCGAUGCGCUGGUGGUUAGGUAGGGAAUGCUUUGCCAAACAUAAAUGCAUACUCUCUACUAAGGAAGAGUGGCGGAGUGAGGAGAGCGACGAUGGAACAGAUGGACCUCUCGCCGAAACGGCCAGCAAGCGCCGAAGCUCUAUACUACAAAACAUGAAUAGAGAACACCUCAAGAAACCAAAAGGCUCUACCGCGUGGUACGACGAGAAGGUGUGUCCAUUUGCGCUAUGGGUAGCCGGAAAAGAUAAUCUCGUAGAUGGGAAGAAACUGCUGCGACGGUUCGAAAAAGGAAGAGAACCACAUGUCAGCGUAGUUCACAGCAAAAUACUGCCAGACUACGAACACCUGGAUGUUAUUUGGGCGAUGGACGCGGCAGAACAGAUUUUUGGGGAGAUUCGGGAAGUUCUAUGGAAGACUUGCGACGUUAGAGACAAAUGCAGAAUACCGAAAGGCUGCGAAGACGUCGCAGCGUGGGUACGGCCAGAAAAGGCCGAGGAAGAUAAUGAGGAUGCUGAGCAGUCGAGUAGCGAUUCGGCGUAAUCCUCGAUUGGAGCAUGAUACCCCCUUUGAUUUCUACAUU